GAACGACUCUUGCGGCCGACCGCAUCGACUGCCGACAUGCAAACAGCCGUGGCCGGGCGCUCACUGGCCGCGGGCCCCUCACAAGACAAAGCCACGAUCGAAAACCCCUUGGCUGCGCCUCUCAUUCAAGCAAACGAUGGGUCUGCUCCCCAGACUCCCCAUUACACUUCGGCCACAUUCACGUCGACCAGAAAACCGCUUCCUGACGGCCGAAAGCUAGCUUCACCAACGCCUUCCCAGGUCGACGCGGCUCGCCAAGUUCAAGCCACGCCAAUACCUCCGCCCCUGUCUAGCCAGGUCAAAAACGACGCGGUCGCUUCUAGCGGAGUUUGCGACGACGUCGAGUACCGAUGGAUAACUUGCGACGGUGGCGAGAUCUUGGUGCUCCUGCCAACACCGGUGCAGUAUCGGGAGCUCAAAAAUCCAAAGUGCGGCAGCCCUGUGCUUUUUGCCAUCGCUGAAGAGCUUGGAGCGCAAGCUCAGGGCGCGUUCAUUAUCGACAUCCCAAAGGAUUGCCGAUCAGUGUUGCCAGAACGGCCGGUUGGGGAAUCGGACUGCACAGUCUAUUAUCCGGAAAAGAUUGAGUCGGGAUUCUGGAGAAUUCGCAGCGAGAAAAGAAGGAGGCGGUUCCCCCAUUUGGAUGUCGACCCAAGCAAGGCCAAUCCCAACAUCGGUGCUGCCAUCCAAGAGUUCCAGAUGCGCCUUGAAAAUGGCCUUAGGGGUGUCGCAUACGAGACCGAUAUCCCAGCGCACACUCGCGAAGAUCGCGCACGAGCUUCUCUGCCUGGAGAAAGCUCCCUUUGGCCCAUCCCAGGUCAACUGCCUAAGGACGGUGGUAUAGUCGGACUCCACACUCCAACUGGCUACAUAGGGGCGCCCGGGGCACCGUUUUUGUGGCAUUUCGAAGACCUUAGGCUGGGUGCCAUGAAUACCCAAUACUGUGGGCAUAAAGCGUGGUUUGUUACUCCGCCUGUUAGGGAUCACCCUCACAAAGGAGACAGGGCUGCGGUAAAGCGAAGGUUGAUUUGACUAUUUGGAAGUAACGAAUACAAGGAGGGGAUUGGUGCAUUGCACCAGAGCCCUCGUGCAAGGUUUUCAUGCAGGCGGCCGCGCACGGGCCUGGCAGCCACCGUGGCUCAGCGACCCUCAAGGCGCCACGCCACCACACCGCC